CUUUAAUCAAAUACAUAAAAAUAAAAUGUUGCGUACAGUUAAAGCUAAGAAUGCCCGUGCCAAGCGUUUCUUGAAGAACCGUGAAGCCAAGGUCCAUGAAAACCCUAAGAACACUUUAGUUGUGCGGGGAUCUUCUACCAGUCAAGUCGUCAGUGACGCCUUGAAAGACUUGUAUGCUUUAAAGCGCCCUAAUGCUAUUUACUUCUCAAAGAAGAACGAGAUCAAGCCUUUUGAAGAUGAUGAGAAGCUCGAAUUUUUCUCUCGCAAGAACGAUUCCGCACAUUUAGUUGUUGGUACUCAUUCCAAGAAGAGACCUCACAACUUGACUUUUGUCCGUAUGUACAACCAUCAAAUGUUGGAUAUGUAUGAAUUCGGUAUCGAGAACCCCAAAUCUAUGAACUCUAUUCCCGGUCAAAAAUGUUCUUUAGGUUUAAAGCCUUUGAUGAUUUUCAACGGUGAUCGUUUUGAAUCUGAUGAAAAGUGUAAAAAUAUCAAGAAUUUCUUUUUAGAUUUCUUCAAUGGUGAAGAGACUAGCGCUAUCAAUUUGGCCGGUCUUGAGCAUGUCAUCAGUUUAACCGCUACACCCGAUGAUCGUAUCCUUUUCCGUACCUACUCAAUCCAAAUGAAGAAGAGUGGUUUAAAGACUCCUAGAGUUGAAUUAGAAGAAAUGGGUCCCAGCUACGAUCUUAAGAUGAAGCGUACAUCUGUACCUAAGCCUGAUAUGUGGAAGUCUGCAGUUAGAGUGCCUAAGGAAGUUAAGCCCAAGAAGGCAAAGAAUAUCGAAGUUGAUGAGAUGGGUGAUAAAUAUGGUCGUAUCCAUCUUGGUAAGCAAGAAAUUGACAAGAUCCAAACUAGAAAGAUGAAGGGUUUGAGAAAGAGAGGCCCUGAGGAUAAGGAAGAAGGUGAUGAGGCUUCAGCAAAAAAGCAAAAGGUUGAGGAUGAAGAGUAGACUUUAUACACCCAACAACAACUUACACAUAUAAACACACACACACAACAAGACACUCCCACAUAUCUCGCCACUCCCCUUAAAUGCACCCCACACAUAUUUUUGUAAAAUACAUAAUCCAAAUUGAAAAAAAAA